AUUCCAAAUCCGUUGGUGAGUGCGGGGUCGCGGGCGCGGGCUCGGGCUGGGGGUGCGCAUCGGCAUUGUCCCGAUCCGCGGACAGACGGGUACUAGGUCUGCAGGCUGUCCACCAGGGGCCAGUGACCAGGAUAUACUUUUCUAAAAACAAAAUUUAUGGAAAAUGAGUUGGGUAGUGGAAGAGUGGAAAGAAGGGCUUCCAACAAAAGUUCUGCAGAAAAUCCAGGAAAUCGAACUUCAACUGGAUAAACUCAAAAAGGAACGUCAGCAGCGACAGUUUCAGGUUGAAACCCUAGAAGCUGCUCUGCUAAAACAAAAACAAAAGGUGGAGAAUGAAAAAUCGGAAGCAAGCGCUCUGAAGCGGGAGUGUCAGACUCUAAAUGACUCGUGUAAUAAUCUUGAGAAAACUAAGCAGAAGAUUUCUCAUGAACUGCAGCUGAAGGAAUCACAAAUUAAUUACCUGGAAAGUCAACUUGUAUCAAGCAAAAAACACGUGGAGAAUCUUGAGCAAGAGAACAAAAGAUACAGAUCUGAAUUCGAGCGAUGCCAAACAAAUGCAGUGCCUGCAGAUGUAUCAUUUGGAACACCAGAAAAGAAGCUUUCUACGUCCCCAACACCAAAAAAAAUUGUAUCUGGUUUACCAGACUCAAAAUAUAGGGAACUACAGGAAAAAUAUAAUAAGGAAGUGGAAGAAAGAAGCCGAUUGGAAAGACAACUGGACACAAUUCAGGCGAAGUUGGUCAACCAACCUCAACCUCAAAGCUCCAUUAGCCAGCGGAAUGUUGCGCGGCAUCCGUCUGCUUCUGCGGGGUUUCCAUGGCAACAAGAUCAAACUCCAAGUCAGCAUUCACUGAAGACCCCGUUAAAGGGCGUUGCCAUGAAUUUUCAGUGGGAACAGGAAGAAACUCCCUUCAAGCACCAUCCCAAGUCUUUGGAAAUGGGCACCCAUUCUACAGGAAGGUUUAGCAAUACCACAGACAGUUCAAAGCAGGUGGAGCAGCUAAAAUUACAAAAUCAAGAACUGCAAACUAAAGUUUUGGAUCUGGAAUCUCGAUUUGAAGCUAAGCAGAAAGAAGUGAAAAAUCAUCUGAGCAAGCUUGUUGAAAUUCAAUUUCAAUUUGAGAAAACUAAAUCUGAUCUUUUCGAGAAAGAACGCAAACUCUCAAAAUGCCAUGAAGAAUUGGCCAAGAUGACUGGACAGUGUGAGCAGAGCAAUAGCAAGUGUGCAGUGGUUGAAAAAAGAUUAAAGCAGGUGUCAGAUGAACUGAACUGCUGUAGGCAAAAUGCUGAGAGCACACGAUGCAAUGUUGAGCAGAAGUUGAAGGACAAGGAAAAGGAAUUACAAGAGGAAGUUUCUCAUCAUCAACACAACCUGCAAAGUGCAGAUCAACAGAUGAUGCAAACAAAAAAUAAACUGAAUCAGGAAUUACAACAAGCUAAAAAAGAUUACAAUGUUCUUCAGUUAGACGUUGAUCGAUUAUCAGCAUGCAAACAAAAAUUGGAAAAAGAAAUGGAUGAAGUUAGGCAACAAUUGCACUAUUCUGACCAAUUGCUGAAGGCAAAAGAAUCAAAGGAAAACAAUCAGAAGAAAAAACUUGAAGAUGUCCAGGAAGAACGGAACAGUCUUAGAAGUCAGCUUCUCCAGAAUUCUACCAACAUUUGCAAACUGAAAAAUGAACUACAAACAGUGAAGCAGGAUUUUACCCGUGCAUCCAACUGUGGGGAAGAUAUGAAAAAUAAGAACAUUGCUCUGGACAAUGAGCUGAAAGGUCUUCGACAACAGAGGGAUGAACAAAGCAAAUCAUCGUGUAUGAUUAUGGAAAACCUUAAAAUACAAAUUGCACAUCUGAAAAAGGAGCAAGAGCAAGUUCAAAAAUUCAUGAAAGAGAAAGAUAGGAACAUCGAACAGUUGAACAUCCAAAUUGGUACAAUGGAAAAUAAGACUGAAGACCUACAAAAACAAUUGCAGUUAAAGGAAAAGACAUGUCAUGAACUGAAGCAGGAAAACAGUUCUCUGGCUCAGUGGAAGGCAGAAAAUACCCAAGCUUUGGACGGUGUUAACCAGAAAACAGAAGGGAUGGAGAACAAAAUUAAAGAAUUGGAGCAGAGUCUUGAGCUUUCUUUCAAUAAAAAUGGAGAGCAUGAACAGUAUCUCGAGAAUUAUCGAUGUAAGAUUGAAAAACAAUCUGAGACACUGAAUUUACUUGAGGAUGAAAAGGAGACUUUGCGAAGACAGACUGAUGAACUAAAACAAAUGCUGGACAGUAAAACUUUGGAGUUGGAAAAACAAGAAAAGGCCUUUGAUGAAUUCAAGAAAGUGGCAAAGCAAGAUGAACAUGAAGUAGAAAAGCUUAACGUGAACAUCUCUCAACUUACAUCACAGAUAGCUGAACUGGACAAAAUAUUGCAACAAGAAACCAACAAAGUGGUAAAACUGGAAGAGUCUCAAUGUGUAUUCAAGGCUGAAUAUGAGAAGGUCAGUAACGUGGCUAAAUCAAAAGAUUGUUUGAUUGAGAUAAAAGAAACUGAGAUUUUGAAUUUAACGGACAAAAUAUCACAGAUCACACUCAAUUUUGAAGAGCAGCUUGUCGGGGUUAAUGCAGAGAAAAAACAUUUGAUGGAAGAUCAUGAAAAGAGCAUGCUUGACAAAGUUGAAGUUGAGAUAGCAAAAUCAGCGCUAGAAAAUGAAAUUGUUGGCUUGAAGGAGCAGAUAACUUCUCAAGAUUCCUUACUGAAACUUGAAACUCGUGUUCAAUCUGAGUUGCAGAAUAAAUAUGAUGUUCUAAUAAAAAUUAAGAAAGAAUUAGAAGAAAAAAUUGUGGAAUCUGGAAAGGAAGGUGAGAACUUAAGAGCUGGGAUGGAGGAAGAAAUUAAUCGGCUGAAAAUGCAACAUGUAGUACUGCAGGCUGCUAUGGAUGAAAAAGACAUAUCCAUACAAAAUUUUGCACAAGAACUUGAGAGCAACAUGACUAAUUUGAAAUGUUUGCAAAUAACCAACAAAGAGCUAGAAACAAAGUUGGAAGGUCAUCUUCUGCUGGAGAAGAGCCUUCAAGAAAAAGAAGAGUUGAUUUGUUCAAAGGGAGAAGCAUUGGGGCAGCUUUCUGAGGAAAAUGAUGAAUUGAAGUCUUCCAUUAAUAAUUUACUGCAGGAAAAUGUAGAACUGAACCAAAAAAAUUCUAGUUUUGAUAAUAUAAUGAAAGUACAGGAAGAAAUGGUUGAAGAGCUUGCAAAAUGCAAGCAAGAAACUGCUAUCAUGGAGAACAUAGUUAAAAGUCUUAAAACCCAGUGUGAAGAACUAACGGAUAAACAGAGAUUGCUGGAAAGUACAGUAGAAGACAAAGAAAAUGAAACAAAACAAUUAUUGGGUAAGGUGAAUGAGAGGGAAGGUAGGGUAAAAGAACUGGAGCAUGAGUGCAUGUUGAUAGACAAACAACUAAAGGAUCUUCAAGGCAAGUGUACUGCUACAGAAGAAACCAAGAAUUUCCUGGAAGAGCAAUUAAAUGAGAGAGCACAUGCAUUAUUGAUAAAAAAUGCAGAAGUUGAGGAUUUGGAGAAAAAGUGCACAGAGGAUUCUAAUCAAUACAAUGACAAAAUUGUGGGCUAUGAGGAAAAAAUUACGACAUUAGUUGAAGAAAUAGGAGACUUACUGUCACAGCUGGAGAAAACAAAAGAAGUUGAUCACUUAAAAAAAGAACUUGCUGAGUCCAUGGCAAUUCAAAACAAAGUACUGGAAGAUUAUAACCAAUUACUUAGGGAUAAAGAGGAAUUGACACACCUGGUACAAGCUCAAGGUGAAAAAGAAACUGCAUUUGCAGCAAGAAUAGAAAACCUUGAAAAUGAUUUGGUAAAAGAACAGUCUGAAAUUGUCAAUAAUAAGAAGUUAAUUGAAGAGAAAAAUAUUGUUUCAGACCAGUUAAGAGAUAUAAUUAAAACGAAAGAAAUUGAACUUCAGAGGAUUCAAGCACAACUUCAGCUUCUUCAGAUGGAUCUUGAAGAUAAAGAGGCAUCCUCAGAGACUUGCAUGUCUCAAUUGCAACAACUGCAGACUGACACAAGCAUUCUGGAAAGCAAGUUCCAGAGUAGUGAGGAAGAGAGGGUUCUUCUGGAGAUGAAAGUGAGUACAAUGCAGGAAGAAAUGGACACUAUGCGUUUGAGAAUUAGUGAGAGCAGUAACAAAGAAGAAUCUUUGCUGGGAGAAAUAUGUCAGCAGAGGCAAACCAUUGAAGAAUUGAAAAGGCAAUUUGAGAAACAAGAAAAAGAUUUACAUUUCUUGGAAAGUCAGCUAUAUGAAAGUCAGAUGCAAUGUCACCUAAAAGAGGGGGAAAUUUUAGAGCUUCAAGAGAAAGUGUCUAGUUCUGAAACCUACAUAAUUGAGUUGAUGAAUCAAAAGAGUAAUAUUGAAUUUCAACUGCAGGAGUUGACUGUACAAAUACAUUCUGAUUUGAGCAAUGUCAAGAACACGCUCCAACAAAGUGAGGAACAAAGAGUUAUUUUGCAACAGAAUUUGAGCAAGGUACAGUCUGACCUGCAAAAGAGUGACGAGCAAAGCAUUUCUGUGCGACAAGAGUUGGCGAAGGUGCAAUCUGAGUUGCAACAGAGUGAUGAGCAAAGAGUUAUUUUGCAACAAAACAUCAGUAAGGUGCAAUCUGAGCUGCAACACAGUGAGGAGAAAAAAGUUAUUUUGCAACUAGACCUGAAUGUGGCGCAGUCUGAGCUGCAACAGAAUGCAGAACAAAGAAUUUGUGCGCAACAAGACUUGCGUAAGGUGCAAUCUGAGCUACAACAGAAUGAGGAGCAAAGAGUUAUUUUGCAACAAAACUUCAGCAAGGUGCAAUCUGAGCUGCAACACAGUGAGGAGCAAAGAGUUAUUUUGCAACAUGACCUGAGUGUGACGCAGUCUGAGCUGCAGCAGAAUGAGGAGCAAAAAGUUAUUUUGCAACAGGACUUGAGUGUGGUACAUUCUGAGCUGCAACACAGUGAGGAGCAAAGAGUUAUUUUGCAACAAGACCUGAGUGUGGCGCAGUCUGGGCUGCAGCAGAGUGCAGAACAAAGAAUUUGUGCGCAACAAGACUUGCGUAAGGUGCAAUCUGAGCUACAACAGAAUGAGGAGCAAAGAGUUAUUUUGCAACAAAACUUCAGCAAGGUGCAUUCUGAGCUGCAAUAUAGUGAGGAGCAAAGAGUUAUUUUGCAGCAGGACUUGAACAAGGUGCAGUCUGAGCUGCAACAGAAUGAGGAGGAAAUAGUUAUUUUGCAACAGGACUUGAACAAGGUGCGUUCAGAGAAAUCAAACAAGCAUUUGGAUCUUACUGAAUCUUCACCACAAAUGUUAAUAAGUGGAUGUGAGAAGAGUAUGCAAUUAGAAAAUAAGGUUAUGGCAACAGUUGACUGUCAAAAGGGUACUGUUCUGCAGGCGUCUUCAUUAUGUCAAAUUGACAGAGAAAAUCUUAAGCCUUAUGUUGAACAGAUGGACAAAAAAUACACAGAAAUGAAGGAAGGAUUGCCCCUUUUGCAGAGUAACUUGAUUGAAGCUCAAGCUGCCUUAUCAGGAGCAAACAUAGAUAAAGAGGCACUACAGUCUCAGUUGAGUAUGCUUGACUCCUCAUUAGAAAGUGCUCAUCUUCUUGCAUCUGAACAGAAAGAACAGAUGCAGCAGCUAGAGAAGAUGAUUCAGGACAAAGAUAAUGAACUAAUUUUACUCCAUGAGCGUUUUAAUGAGAAAUUAGCCAACAAGAUUGUAAAGGAUCAGGAUGCUUCCUCUGAAGACACUGACUCGAAGAUGAAAAGUUUGGAACUGGGAAUUUGUACCGAGACAUCUGAACAGUCUGUUGCACAGCUCCAGGAACAACUUCAUAAGCUGCAAGCUGAUGCAAAUGCAGAAAUUCUAGAAUUGCAACAUACUAUAACCACAACAUGGCAAGCACUUGAAUCUCUAAAGGAACAACAUUCGUCUGAAUUAACACAGUGGCAGUUGAAAUUUUCCCAUUUGACCACCGAGAUGGAAGACAAACUGGCUGCACAGAAACAACAGACAGAGAUGCUAUCUGCAGAGUUGGAGGGUGCAAGGGUCCAACUCCAGUCUCUGGACCUCAGUUCCCAAUCAUUGCUGAAUGCAAGCCACCUUUCAGAAGAGAAUGCUCCACAAAAGCUGAUGCACAGCAGUUCAGAAAAGCCAAAAGAGAUGCAUGCAGUUGAAGAUAAAUUGGAAUGCAUGAACCUUCCACCUGUGACUACUGACAGUGAUGUGCCAAGGCAGGAGAAGACUGCUUUGCAGCUUGACCCUAUAGCGGAAAGGCACGUAAUGUCCUGUGAUGGCGCCAAUUCUUUUGACAAUGCCAGGAACCCAGAUACUGAUGAAUUAAAUGAAGAUAAUGCAGACCACCAGGGCAUUGCUGAACUGGCAUCUUCAGAUGAAGUGAGAUUUAGUGCCCCAAUGGACCUAUCUGACAAGGUGCCAAGUAACUCUCGAGUACAAUUGAGAGAGGAAAAGAAAGAAAACACUGACAUUUUACUCGGUGAAAUGGAAGGUUUGCAUUCUGAUCAGCAAAAGGAGCUGUUUCUCACUGCAGCUGCUGUCACUGACUUGGAAAGUAAAGUGUCACUGCUUGAAGAAGAGAAAAACGAUUUAUCUAAUGAACUGAAGUCCUUUGCUCUUGUAAACCAGAACCUUUCUGACAAAGCAAAAACAAUGGAAGCAGAGCUCAAUGAUGUGACAACACAAUUGCAGGUGGAUAAAGGUAAAAUGUUUGAAAUGGCCAAGAUCCUCGAGAGCCUAGAGGUGGAUAAAAGGGACAGGAAUGAACAGGUCCUUGAACUUGAAAUGCAACUGAAACAAACAAAGUCAAAUAAAGCUAAUUUAGAAAAUCACAUCCUAGAAAUGGAAGUUGAUCUGAACAAACUUCAGACCGAGAAGGAUACUUUGGAAAAGGAACUUGAAUCGGGUCAACAAUCUAUCCACACUCAGACAGAAAAGCUGGCAGAGUUUGAGGCAAUAAACAACAAAUUUAUUCAGGAUCUUGACAUAGCAGCUGAAACAAAUGAUAAACUAGAGCAAACCAAUAACAUUUUAAAGACCAAGAUGCAAGAGUUUGAAGCAGAGAAAAUCUACAAUGCUAUUGCAAAUGGGGAGCUUGAAGCUGAAAUAAAGAAACUAACCAACCAGCUGCAAACUGUUGUGGAACAAACGGAGCAAGUUUCAACAGAAAAGGAAGACUUGAUCCAACGACUCCAAUAUUUGGAAAAGGAUGUUAAGUUGGACACAAUAGUCGAGGAGGAAUUCCAAAAGCAAUUGAAUCAGUUGAAGGAAGAAAACUUAUCCAUGAGUAAGCAGAUUGAAGAUUUGGAAAACACUAUUAAUAUAGUGAGGAUGGAAAAAUCGAACAUACUCCAAUCUUUGGAAUCUUCUUUAUUGGAAAGAAGUGAAGUUGCAGCAAGGUUGAACUCCACCAAGAUAGAGCUAGCGGAAAUGCGGCAUACUAUUGAGAAGCUUAAAGUACGCAUUGAAGCAGACCAGAAGAAAAGCCAAGACAUGGCUGAAAAACACAAAGCAGUUGACCGAAAGGCAGAUUUCCUUCAAGAUAAGAUUGAAGCACUUGAACGAGAGCUUCAGGAAGCUGAGGAAAAUGCAGAGGACUUAAUAUUGCAAGCUGAAACUGCGAAAGAACAGGCUGAAGUAAUGGAGGAAGAGAAAAAAGUUAUUACUGACAAACUGGAGCUAUUGACUAAGGAUAUCAAUUCCUUAUCCCGUGAUAAACAAGAUCUAGAAAAGCAACUACAGAAAAAUCAGGAGUUGGAAAGUCGUUGCUCAGAUUUAUUGAAAAGCUCAGAAGCUGCUAAAAAUGAAAACCUCAAAAUCGCAGCAGACUAUGAGAGUUCUAUUAAUGAACUGCAGACCAAACUCAGCCAUUUAAAUGAAAAGGUGAAGAAUUGCAACGAGGAAUUGGAAACACUUCGAGUAAAUGAGAAAAAUUACUUCAAUCAAAAUUCCUGUUUGGAACGUGAAACGGUUCAACUGGCAAACAAACUUCAGAAAGUUGAUACCUUAAAUGUGGAACUGCAAUCUGCAAAUGUCGUUCUAAAUAAAGAUCUUCAAAGAUUUCAGCAGAAGUUGGACGAGCACAAAGAGGAGAAAGAGAAGCUUCAGCAACAAAUUACCGAUCUAGAGAAACUGAAGCAAAAUAACUCAACGGAUUUGUGCAGUUUGAAGACUGAGGUGGAAAACUUGAAGAAGGAAAGAUAUAUGUUACAGAAGGCAGCAGCGGAAUCACAGCAGGAAAUACAGGAUCUGUCAGCUAAGCAUAACGCAAUGCUAAUCACUAAGGAAACUUCUGAGAAGCAACUGCAGAAGGAACUACGGGCUGCCCAGUUACAGGCUUCUGCACUUCUUGAUCAGGUAAAAGAUCUGACUGGGAAUAACACUAAACUGCAGAGUGAUUUGUCCGUUGCCAAUGGAAAGAUUCUGGAAAUACAAGACGUUUAUACUGAGAAGAAUUCAAUUUCAGCACAAUUUGAAGCAUUCAGAAGUCAGGCAGAAAGCUUUAAGAUGCAAUUAGAAUUUUCUCAAUCAGAAAAUUGCAAGCUGAAAAAGGACCUUGAAUACUUACAGAAUGAAUUGCAAGUCACUUGUAUUCUGAAAAAACAAGUUGAAGAUUAUAAACAGUGCAUAAGUUGUAUUCAAAAAGAUCACCAAUCUAUGCUUAAUGAUGCAGAAGUGAAGCAUGAAGCUCAGUUGAAGACGUAUCAAGAGCAAAUGGCUGGAAUGAAACAACAGCUUACUGCAAACGAAGUGGAAAUCAACAAUCUAAAGAAUGCGAAAGAAGCAGAAAAUAAUGCAUUGAAAGGUGACAAUGGCAAGGUGGAGGAAUUGCAAAUAUCAGUUGCCAAGCUAAAGAGAGACAAGGAUUGUGCUCAGAGUAAACUGCUGCUUUGGAGGAAAAACUGUAAGAAACUUGAGCACGAGACGGAAUCACUGAAGAGACACAUUCAACAACAACAAGAACAGCUCACAAAGCUGCAGAAUAGUCGGAAAACAGGUUUAAAUUCAGAGCUAGCAGAAUUAAGUGCUGAAAUGAAGGAACUAAAAGAGACGGAGGAAAAAACAAAAGAAACUGAUGUCAAUAUGGAUAAAUAUUACAACCUGAUCAAAUGCACGUACAAAUUGGAGGAAGAAAAUGAAAUGUUGAAGGGCAGGAUUGCCUUGCUCAAUAAUGAAUUGCAAAAGGCAGAUUCUGGCAAUGUAAUAUGUGUGGCAGAACAGACUUUGGAGGUUACAUCAAAAGAAGCUGCACAUGAAAAGGAUGAAAAUAAAUCCCCUGGUCGGCUGAACAGUCGACAAACACAUCUGAAACCUCUGGAAAUGGGUGGCAUUUUAGGACUGUCCUGCGAUGCCCCAAUGAAAUUGGAUGCGAGCAAAAGUCAGAAAAGGUGUCCAGAUGCCCAAUUUAAGCGAAACACUAAGAGAUUGAGAGGAGCCGAGUCCGAGGAGGCAGAAGAUGAACCAGAAGUUGCGCAGAAUUAUUUGAAGCAGAGCAGAACUGGCAAAGCACAAAAGAAAACUUCAUAUGAACCAGAGGGUCUUCCAGAAAAAAAUAAGAAGGCUCAGACCAGGGUAUCUCCACGGAGAAAGACGCCACAAAAGGAAGUGGUACAAACUUGUAAUGUGUCAAAGAUGGCAGCAGAAGACGGUCACAUAUACCAGGAUUCCACACGUUCAUCUCCAAAGUUACUUCCAUGCCCCAUGGCACCGAUGCCGCUAAUAUCUGCAACAAACAGUUUAAAGAAGAAGGGUGUUGAAAAUCAUGAUGGGGAACAAUCACAAGCCAGAUCCACACUGAACAUGAAGAAAUCUGUAGAAAAAAAUAUACAACCUGCAGAGCAAACUGCAGUGAAAGAUGGGAAUGAAAACUGCAAAGUACAAUGAUGGGUAUCAUACCUGAACAGUACUUGCACGUGUUAUCAACACCCAGCAGCAGGACUCUACAUUUGCUGGAGAGACAAAAAUGUAAAGUACGUAAACUGACUGUAAAAUGUGCAGAGGCAUGUUAGUAGGGUCGGCUUGGACCUUACCACGUCCCUAGGAACUUGGAGGAACAGCAACAACUGCCAUUUAUAUUCCAACUUUAUUAUGGAGAAACAUUUGACGAUUGGAGUCACAACAAAACUAUCAGGAUAAGAAGAUUCUCAUAAGGAAUGGGGAGGGGCGGGAACUUCUGUACAUUAUGACCUAGAAAUUGGAUUGCACAGUGUAAUGUUUUUGUGCACCACAUGAUUCCAUUUAAAUUUUAAAAAAUAAAGUGAAAUCAUGGAUCUAUUCUGCAUUCCAUAAAGUCUUCAAUAUCCUUUCUGGAUCCACCCUGCAUCUGAUGCAUUGGCAUAUAAAGGAACACAAAUGUGGUUUGUGAUGAUGAAUGGUGUGCACUGCAUUACUAGGCAUCAAUUCCAUCAUUUUGAUGAGGUUCAUGUCAACAUAAUUAUCUAGAGCUCCAACUCCCUGGACUGAAUGCCACCAAACCCUUAACUCACCAACUUCCAGGCUGUACGCCCACCUGCACUCGACCCAUGACUACAUGUUAUGAGAUCAUAAGUGAGAGGAGCAGAAUUAGGCCAUUCAGCCCAUCAAGUCUACUCCGCCUUUCAAUCAUGGCUCCUCCUAACCCCAUUCUCCUGCCUUCUCCCCAUAACCUCUUAUUCGUGGUACAUUCCCCAGUGCUGGAGAAUACAAAGGAAAGGCAUUUCAACUCAUGCUGGCAAAAUGCCCAUUCUGUAGUGUGUGACUUGGUAAUGUGGAACUUCGGACUUCCCACUGUAAAACUUGAAGACCGUUGGUUUACCAUCUGUAGUCGGUUGCAUUUCCAGGCACUGUGGAACUUCUAAACCUACUUUUGUAAACUGUCUAGUAACUAUAUUUGUGUUAAAUGUUUUUGUUGUAAUUUUUUCUGUAUCCUGUCUACUGAUAUGGGGGGGGGGGGGAUGAGCAGGAGUUUUUGCCAUGUAAAGCAGUUGCUAAAAGAUAAUAUAGAAUUUGAUAAAUGAUUUGUGAUUCUUGUAGGAUGUUGGUUUUCCUCAUAGAUAUUUGUGUUGUCAAUUGGCGCAGUAUUCAUUCACAUUAGUAAUCGCCCAGAGAGUUGUGAAUCUGUGGAAUUCUCUGCCACAGAAGGAAGUGGAGGCCAAUUCACUGGAUGAUUUCAAGAGAGAGUUAGAUUUAGCUCCUCGGGCUAAAGGAAUGAAGGGAUAUGGGGGAAAAAGCCGGAACGCGGUACUGAUUUUGGAUGAUCAGCCAUGAUCAUUUUGAAUGCUGGUGCUGGCUCGAUGGACCGAAUGGCUUACUCCUGCACCUAUUUUUUAUGUUAAUCAUCUUUCAGUAUAAAGUGUUAAUUUGCCAUUUUUUCUAAUACUGGAUUUACUUGUAGAAGCCAAGUUAUUUGUGUUUUUGUUGCUACAAUACUCUGAAGUAAAAUAAUAGCUGCACAUUUUUUUCAUAUUCUAAUAUUUGUAUACAAUUUGUACAAAAUUGAAUUAAAACACAUCUAUUUGAAAUUGUAUUCAAAUCAAUUUAUUUCAUUAAAUGUCAAUCUUUUUCUAGUGAUGGGUUAACAUCUACAAAUGUAUUUAAUUGUUACCAACAUGCAAUAAAAUUUAUAUCUUGUAAUACA